AUGGCACAGCCGUCGGGGAAACUCCUCGAAGGCGUCUUCGCUGUCAGCAAACCACCCAGCGUCUCUUCGGCCCAAGUUCUUCGCGAGCUCCAACAUAAGUUUGCGGAGUCUAAGACGUUUGCGCCAUUACUUGAGCAGACUAAAAGAGCCAGAGAGGAGCAAGACCGUCACCAGCCCAAACGUCGGAAAAGGACGAGUGAUGACCAGAUUUUCAAGAUGGGCCACGGCGGCACCUUGGAUCCUCUGGCGACCGGAGUUUUGAUCGUCGGAAUCGGCCGCGGCUCCAAAUCUCUGCCCGACUUUCUUGGCUGUAAGAAGACCUACGAGACGGUGGUCCUCUUUGGAAAAAGCACCGACACCUACGAUAUCAUGGGCAAAGUUGUAGCGGCGGCUUCAACCGAGCACAUCACCCGAGAGGUUGUUGAAGACAAGUUGGCCCAAUUCAGGGGCAAGAUGAAGCAGAUUCCACCCAUCUACAGUGCUAUCAAGGUCCAAGGUAUGAAGCUGUACGAGUAUGCGAGAAGUGGAAAGGAACUGCCCCGGCAACUGGAAAGCCGGGAUAUCGAGAUCUCAGAGUGUACGCUUCUUGACUACUAUGACCCUGGUGAGCAUGGUUACAGAUGGCCCGCUGAGCAAGCGACCGACGAGGAAAAGGCUGUUGCGCAAAAGCUUAUCGCCGGAGCAGAGUCGACCAAAAAGCUACUAGGUCAAGACGCAGCACCUACUAGGCCGCGGACUCCUCCAAGCGAGAGGUACAAAGAGUUCCGGGAAUCCAACAAUCUCCCUCCUGACAAGAAGGCGGCAAUGCACACUCACGACAUAGGGACACUCGAGGCGCAGCCAGCAAAUGCACCAGCGGCCCGUAUACGCCUGACCGUUAGUAGUGGCUUCUACGUGCGCUCAUUCGCGUACGACCUUGGAACUGCUUGUGACUCGUACGGAACGAUGGCGGCCUUGGUCCGCAGCAAGCAAGGGCAUUUCACCAACAUUGAACCUAUUCCGGAAGGCUUUGUGCCUGCCAUCACUUGGGAGGAUCUGGGAGCUGGAGAGGAUACCUGGGGACCCAAAAUCACGAAGGUGCUGGAGGACUGGGUUGAGACGCACCCGCCGCCUUCGACCCAGAAUAGAAUUGACGAUCGUGAUCGGUCGGAGAGCGACUAUCGCUACAAGCGGUCGAACCAUGGCGGUGGAUGGAGGGGAGGUGGCCGGAAGAGGUCAUGGAACGAUGCAAGACAGACGAGGCGGAACAGCUCGUCCCCAGAGUGUUGA